AUGCAGGCAGAUGAUUACACAGAAAUCAUUUAUUGGUAUAAAGCAGAUAGGUCAAAACCACCAAUAUUAAAGCACGUCUCUGACGAGGGCCUGGAAGAUUUUGUAUCUGGCCAAGAGACUAACCCACCCUUUUUAGAUUUGCCCAAGUUCCCCUGUCACACUCAGGCCACUGAAAGAUGCGUACAUUUAGUUACAGAGGCAUCAUCUAAAGUUUGUGGAGAGAAAAAACGAGAUGGUUUCAUAAAAUCUCGAAUCGAGUCUAGAAAGCUUAUGAAAUCAUUUAAUUCUGUCAGAAUUCAAGCUUAA